UGGCGGGGGAGGAGAUGAAGAAAGAGACGAAGGAACCGGUCCAAUACCCCUUUCUGAGGGGCUAUUUUCCCAAAAGCUUUCAACGUUGGAAAGCCUUAUUAUCUCCCAAAUGUCCAUCCAUGAAGGCCUCAUUCUGGAACUUCGAUCAUAUCCGAGUUUAAGGAGUUUAACAAUCGAAUCAACCAACAAUAGCAACUUUUUGUCCUCAUUCACCAGAUGCCUAGACCUGACUACAGGGCAUUUUCCAGCACUCCGCAAAAUCAAGUUGGAUACUCGGUGGCCUUCGAGUGUCAAGAUGGCAUACAAAUACAAAGAGUUCUCAAAAUAUUGUGCUUCUGAAAGACCUCGCAUCCACAUAUAUGGUCGAGGAAAUUUUGAUAUUGUGGAACAACAUGGUUAG